AUGAAUGCUCAUCUACUAGAUUUACCCGAUGAAAUACUUGAAUUAAUUGCAUUUAACGUCAUUGAUGGACCGUGGAUUGAUGACGUACGACAUUUUCUUUCGUUUACAUCAACUUGUAAACGAUUUUAUCAAUUCUUUUAUGAUGAAAGAUUCUGGCAAAAAUUAGCUUCACGACGUGAUCCAACCAAUGAAAAGCCUACAGAAAAUACAACAUGGCUAAAUUAUUGUCAACAAAUCUAUCUUAUGCGUACGAUUCCUUCGAAUGCACUUCGAGAGAAUAUAAGUCGAUUUGACGAUAAUUAUUAUUGUACAAUUGAAAAACUGAUUAUUUGGCCGGAUAAAAUACGCAUUUAUAUCGAUGAACGCGGCGAUUAUUCUCUCGGUCCAAUUCAACAUCCGAGAGACUCGAUAGUAGCACUUGUUGAAAACGAUUAUAGCCAGAUUCGUGAUCAGGAAAAAAGACGAGUUUUUGAGUCUAAAUUUUCCAUCGCUGAUGAAAAUUCACGAUAUUUAGGAUAUUUAGAUUUUUCAAUAAGUUUAUCGUGUGAUCCAGCUGAACAAGUACUGAAUUUUCGAUAA